AUAAAAAGAUAAAUAUAAUGACGGCGGAACUCAUUAAAACUCCCGUCCUUAGUAAAUUUCAACGGCAAGUCAGUAUUCUUAUUUGGAAGUCCUAUCUUCAAAGACAGCGCAGAUGGCGAAUUUUACUCGCAGAAGCGCUAUUCUCAGCUGUUUUAUUUCUCAUAGCGAUAUUCAUCGCGAAACCGGUAUUCCUUACUCCAUUGCAAGCGGUUCCUACGGCGCCACUCACAUCAUCUGAUAUCUUAGCGUCCCUCAAUAAGAAGACCCUACUAGGCUAUGCACCCGACAAUGCGCCAUUUGACAAAAUUAUGAUUCAAGCCGCGGAGAGUUUAGGAGUAGAUAUAAUAAGCGCUCCGACUGAGGACCAUCUUAACAACAUAUUGUAUAAUCGUUCUCAGGGAAUCCCAAUCACUGAUCCGGUUAUUUGGAUAAUUUGGAAACCAACGGAAAAUAAUAUGUGGAAAUUCAGCAUACGUAGUACCGAACGCGCCCGAUAUGUGACAAGACCGGAGUAUUCUUCAAGCAAUCCACAUUUACGAAGCGGGCUAUUGGCAAUACAACUCGCGAUUAGCCAGACCAUAUUAACUCACACCAGUGAUAAAAAGCCACAAUAUGAGCUAAGCAUGGCAUCGAUGCCGGUGUCGCCUUUGAUGCAACAAGAACGCGUGCGCAGGGCGAUCUCAGCUAUAUUAUUGUGUUUCACUCUAGCUUUGCUCCCACCUGUAUUGGAGACUGAGUCUUUGGUAGUAUCGGAGACAAUAAGCAGAUUUAAACGUUCCCUUUGCAUUCGUGGCGUAGAUUACUCCUCAAUGUACAUCGGCUGGUUUGUUUUUGCAUUUAUGACUGCGCUGCCUGUGUGUCUCCUAGGCAGUAUAGCUCUUAUCCUGAUAUUUCGCUGGAUCCAUCUCCUAUUCACCUUGAUAUUGGUUCUUAUUUAUGUGUCGAUUAUGACAAUGCUAGCGUUGGUCAUGGCAAUGUUUCAUAACGAAGCUUGGACUGCAUGCGUAUGGUCUACCUUAUUCACAUUACUGCAAACGUUUCUCGCUGAAUUAUUAGUGCAUCAUCAAAUCGACUUGAAACAUGAAGUCAUGACUUUCUUUUUACAUCUCAUUAUUCCGCCACUGGGUCUCAUGCAUGGACUCAAUGAAUUCGCCUUAUUGCAAACUGAACAGGAACAAGAAUGGGAAGUGAAUCGACUUCUAUUCACGAUAGUUUCUUGGUUAAUUAUGAUUGUUAUUUAUUUCGGAAUACUGAUGUUAUUGCAAAGAACAAUAAAACAACGAGCUAUUGGGGGCCAAGUCUCAUGGAAAUCUGUGGUUUUAAAAAAAACUGAGGAUCUAAGUAAGCUGCACCGAAUUGAAAAUCCAACGGGUAAUGAAAGGGAUAGAUUGCAAGAAGUGGAUGAGCUCGUCGCAAAAGCAAUAAGUUUCCGAGGGGUAUCAAAGAGUUUCAUGGGUGGCCAGGUUUUAAGCGACAUAACACUAGAUAUAUACAGAAACGAAUUUACCAUGCUGUAUUCCGAACCUAUUCAAGCCCAAAUGAUAACAACAAUUGAAGAUCUAUUAACUGGACUUACGUACCCCGACAAAGGAUCGAUCAAUGUUUUAGGUGAGAUAUUAAAACCUGGCCGUAGUUUAAUGGCAGUCCCCAAUAUGAUGGGCUACUGCCAUCGCAGUGGCUGUCUCAUUGACGACCUUACGGUUGAAGAGCAUCUUACAUUAUAUUGUUUUCUGUGUCUCUGGAACGAACCUACUAAAUGUGUAAUAGAAUAUGCUCACAUUCGUACCAAACGUAUUCUGUCGGAUUGUGACUUGGAAGGCGUCAGACAUGAGUUUGUGCGCAAUUUGGACGAUUACUACCAAGCUCUACUCUGUUGGGCGAUAGCUAUUUUACUGGAACCGAGGAUCAUUGUAAUACCUGCUUUUUUAACUGAUUCAAUCUACACAUCUGUUAUUAAGGACAAAAUUAUGCGUUAUAAAAAAUACCUUACUAUUGUAAAGUUCUGCUUCACGAGUAUUUCCGUCGAAUUCGCCGAUCGAGUUUUUAUUUUUGAUCACAGGGUAUUAGUCAGAGGUGGAACCCCAGCUUAUAUAUUUUUUAAAUAUGGUCGAGAAUACCGUGUUCGCUUAACCUUACGAAGCGCUGGAAGGUCCAAUGAGGAAAAGGUGAACGAACUGCUUCGGAGGACAUCAGAAUCUGGUGCUACAAUAAGAGCUCACUUAGGAUAUCUUCUCAUUUUACGACUUCCAGCAAGUCCCACGGCUAAUGUCGCCGCAUUGAUAUCGGACCUAACAAAACAUUCCAACAAAUAUGGAAUCGCAUCUAUGAAUAUUAGUUUGCCUGAUUCUGAAGAAGUAUCUAUAUCUGAGUCCAGGGCGACUGUGCACGGUACCGUCGAAGAACAUGAAAUUACGCGAAACGCCCUCAAUAAUCUGUCUGAACCCAUAGCAUGGAGAAGGAAAUCAAGUCCAUUCGGCAAUUUAACUCAUUUAAGUUACAUGGCAUGGAAAUUCAUAGAUUUUUAUCGUCACUACAGAUUCUAUUUCAUUGUCACGGUCCUUUCAGCACUUGUUGCGGGCGUAUUUAUCGGACUUUCUCUCUCAACCGUUUUAGGCGAAUUGGAAAGAGAUAGAGCUACAAAAACAAUAUUACAUGGCGAGAUAUUAACUGUAGAGUCAUUGGAACUAAAGACCAAUUUAAUAUUGCGGUCAGACAAUUCGAGCGACGCAAAAUCUAUUGCCAACUCUUACGUCUUCUCUGAAACAAACGCCACUGAGCAACAAGUUGAAAAUAUGCAUUAUACAGCUCUUUUAUAUCCUGAGAGCCUCACUGAAUAUCUCGUCACUCGAGCGAUAGAUUCCCCUCAACAAUACGUCUAUAUGUUUGCAUAUGGACUGGAUGUUGCUUCCAAGAAUGAUACCCUUAGCGUUCAAGUUCUAUACAGUCCAAUGCACUACGAUCAUGGUGCAGCUGCUAGAUCUUUGGCUCGAGCGUUCAUGGCACUCAUACGACAUUACACAAAGGCUUUAGAUGCGACUAUACAAGUCACUGAUGACCCGCUUGCUUUGGAUCUUACGACUUGGUUAAAGACUGCUAACUCUCCUCCAAUCUUCAUACAAUUUCUACUUAUACUGACAAUAUCACAUAUAACUAUUAUGCCUUCUAAAGAAAGUGGAUUUAUAAGACACACGCAGGUACAUGCCAUGAAUUUCUCCCCAGCACGCUACUGGUGUACACUAUUCCUAUGUGAUUUUAUGCUAUACUGCUUUCUCGUAUUAUUGAUGACAGCUACAAUGAUUGUUAUCAUGGUAUUAGUGGCACCAAUGACUUUUUCUUACAGUGAUUUGGUUGUGGUCCCCCUCAUGUUAACGGUUUAUGGAAUCGGUUGCAUUCCGCAAGCGUAUUUGUUUAGCUUGGGACCACAAGCUGCCCUCAACACCAUGACAUUUAUUAUACUGAAUCUCGUUUUUGGUGAAACUACAGUCAUAGCAAAAUUACUUUACGGCAACGCGCUCGACUACGUCUUGAAUUUUAUGUCACUUUCCCCACAAUUCAACAUGGCAUAUGCAUUUGUGAAGAUAAAGAAAAUAUUUCUAUACAACAGCGAAUGUAUUGUAUUCAAAAGAAAAAAUCUAUGUUCCUCUAAAACUUUGCAUAAAUGCUGUACUAAAUGUGGUGUUUUGCAACAAUGCUUCUCCAGAAGAUUUUAUUUAAAUAAGAAUAUGGGAGUUCUGAUGGAGAUCAUUGCUAUAUUAUGCACCACUGUAGUAUUCAUGGCAUUGUUAUUAUUAUGGGAGUAUAAAUACAUACAGCGACUAUGGACAUUUUUAUUAAACAAAUGGGUAUAUGCAAAAAUACAACCAUAUGAGGCAGAGACGGAAGGCACUGUGCGCGAGAAAGAAAAUGUUUUGAACAAGCAAAAUGAGCUUAAAAACAAGCAGGAAGAGAAGAUAAAUACCUACGGCGAAUACCUCUUAGCGUGCAACGUUUCUAAGAAAAUGUUUGGGAAGAACAAUAUUUCCAACGUCUACUUUGGUCUAGGUAAAGGGGAAGCACUAGCCAUUUCUGGUCUUUUAGGACAUGGCAGACUGGAGUUAUGUGAAAUAUUGGCCGGAUAUAUACUGCCAAGUGAGGGAGAUUUGUGGUGCUCAUCAAAAUGGACAUUAAAUAAAAAUCCCCAUAUGUACGCUCGACAAGUAACCUUCUGUUGUCAUCACAAUCCUCUCCCCUUAUGGAUGACAGUUUAUCGAGCUUUGGAAAUGAUAACAGUGCUGCGCGGCGUGCCACAAGCGCAUGUGAAAGGGGAAGUCAUGAAUUACAUUGAUGCGCUUGAACUUCGCCAAUACAUCAAUACACGUAUCCACUAUCUCUCGGCGAAUGAACGCACUCGGCUUAACUUCGCUGCAGCCGUUGUCGGAGCCCCACCUAUCGUUAUACUGGACGAAUGUACGGCGUACCAAAAGUAUUCCGUGACAAGGGCUAUGUAUUAUAUUUUGUAUAAUUUAAGAAAACGUGGCCAUGCUGUUAUUAUAACUUCGAGCAGUGUAGAGAGCCACCUGCCAGUUACUAGUCGGCUAGCUAUUCUGCUUGAUCAUCACAUCUACGACAUUGACCAAGUCGAUGCGCUAGUUGAACGAUAUAGUGAUAAAGGCUUCACGGUGGUACUCCAUCUCAAAGACGAAGUGAAUGUCAACAAGAUAUUUUCAAGACAUUUCAAGAAUUUUGUCAUUAAUGACAUAUCCGAGGUACUGGUGAAUGUUCAAGUUUUCGAUCCAGACUUAACAUGGGCUACUAUUUUUGAAAAAAUGGAAGCACUCAAAGAUGAAAAUAGACAUGUUUACUCGUACAUAGUAUCAGCGAUACCGAUAGACUAUAUUUAUAAUACAAUAUUAAGUCAUAAAAGCAAACACAAAUAUGCCGAUGAACAAAAAUAUCGUCGCUACAAAUUUCUCUUUCCUAAUAAGCCAAUGGUAAAACCAUCUACCGAAAAAAUAGUCCAGCUGUUGCCCUUUGAAAAGAGAUUCAAUAUUACCAAGUUAAAAGAACUACCAUGGUCAGUGAUUUUCAAUAGGUAAUCUUGUCGUUGAUGUUACACGGGCUGCACAUGAAUUAUUUUAUCGUAUAAUAUCACACCGUGAUGCAUUUGCACUGAUAUGACUCAGUGUUCAAAUUCAUCGUUUCCCGGGUUAUUAACCAAACAUUUGAGCUAUAGUGAUGCAAACUGUUUCGAAUUUUAAUGCUUCAGGAAAAGAUUGAUUUUAAGAAUAUAUUUUCGUUAAAGUUAUUACUUGUACAGUUAAAUGGUGUGGAAAGGGAUCCAGGAUCUUAAGCUAUAAAAGAUGGAUAACAUUACCGAUAAAAAAAAUUGUCAUUCGUAUUAAAUGUUCAUUUUAGCACAGCUCAACUUAUAAUCGAUAAAAUUUUCUCGACGAGUCAUGGCGCUCGUUGGUGACAUUUUCAAGUCUCUUUCAUUAGAUACCGUUGUCUUUUUCUCACGAAAACAUUACGGUUAAGAAUGCUUUUUAAAUAAUGGUUCUCUAAAGGGGCAUACCCUUCAAGAAUCUAUCCACCUUCAAAAGAAAUGAAUCAA